AUGAGUAAGAGCAGGAGCAAGAGCAGGAAACAGGAGCCAGAGCAGGAACCAGAGGAGUCAGAGCAGGGGUCAGAGCAGGAACCAGAGGAGUCAGCAGGAGCGAGAGCAGGAAGCAGAGCAGGAAACAGACGAGCCACAACAGGAGCGAGAGAGCCCAAUGAGUCAGAGCAGGAGACAGAGCAGGAGCCCAAUGAGCAAGAGCAGGAGCCGGAGCAGGAGCCCAAUGAGUCAGAGCAGGAGCCGGAGCAGGGGCCCAAUGAGCAAGAGCGGGAGCCAGAGCAGGGGCCCAAUGAGUCAUAG